AUGGGCGAUUUUCAAGUAUGGGUCGACGGAGUGGAGCGUGUUGUUCGAGGCGCUAAUGAGGAAACUACUUGUGAAAAUAUCUUGCUUGCUGUUGCCAGCGCCACAGGAAAGCUAGGAAGAUUUGCCUUGGUGGAAAAAUGGCGGGAUCUAGAGAGGAUUUUACCGCGAGAAGCGAAACCUCUCAAAUGCCUUCAAAUGUGGGGAAAACAAGCCAGUGAAGUUAAGUUUGUUUUGAAAUUAAUGAAAGACAAAUCAACGGGUAUUUUAGGCGGAGUGGCCGUUAAACAACUCGGUGAAAGUGAAGAAGAAAAUUUAUUCCACAAAGAUGAGAACCUCCGCGGCAAUUUCGAUGGGAAGUAUUUGGAAAGAGUUGUUGCAAAUCAGACGAACAAACUCAAACGUCUUGCACGCGACUUGGAGAUUUUACAAUUGAGAAUAGACUGUUCUGUCGAAGACGAGGAAAACUACUUGUAUUUUACCGAAGAGGAAAUAACUGACGACCGAAUAACUAGGCUCGGACAGGUCUUGAAAUUGCAAGCUAAAGAGUUAGAGAUACAGGAAACAUGUGCCUUCGAACUCGCAGAGGAACGUACGCGACAAGAAAAACUUCAGUUCGAACUUAAAGAGCAUCGAAGUAAACUUAAAAAUUUAGACGUUCACAUUUCGGAUUUAGAAAACGUUGGUAGUAAGAUAUAUUCAAUGCGUGCUCCACAAGACAUAAAAUCAGACAGUGUUCCGAGCUUAAGUGGUGAUGACAGAUCUGAACUGGAUGAACUUGCCCAAGAAAUAAUGGUUACGCGAGAAGAAUUGUCAAAGCAGAGGGACCUCGCUGAGCGCCAAAUUGAAGAGGUUAAGGUCAUGAAAAGGUCUUUUGCGGAACUAGAAAUUCUCUCUCAGCAAAAAUCAGUGGAGUUGCUCUCUUUGAAAGGAGAAUCUUCGCCGGAUCCAAGCGUAUACUACGAUUUGGACAAGAAUCUAAAUUUAGACACGGAGCACGACUUGUCGGCAAGCUAUGUCACUGGAAAUCUCGAUUUGCGUCGCGAUAAACCCAAAAUGGUGAUCCCUGAUGUCUAUCAAUCAUCAUCCAAUGGUGGGAUACCCGGAGAUCUUUCAUCCCCUGGUGCUUCAAGGUCACGUAAAUCUGAAGCGAGACAAAAAUUUUUAGUUGAUGGGCUUGAUGGCAUGGAUGAUCCUGGAGUGUUUGUCUGA